CAACGGUCACAGGUGAAAAUGUAGGACUGUUUUAAUGAUUUUAUAAGUGAACUACCAUACAGUUGUUUGCACACACACUGAGUUGCAGUAAAUAGCUUGGCAUCAUGGGAAGCUUCGCUGGUCAUGCUCUUCCUGGGUCUUUCUUCAUUAUCAUGUCCCUUUGGUGGAUCAUCUGUAUUUUCAAUCGGUACUUCAAGUCGCUGAAACGAAACACCCGAUUCAAAUCAUCCGUAAUUUUUCCAUUCCUUUGCUGUCCAGGAAGACUUAAAGAAUGGCCCUUGGAAGCCAUGCUAAAACUUCUCAUGGUGUCUGUCGGAUUUUCACUGGAAAUUUACACCGGCACAAGUGAUGGAAAAUUCACGGCCCUUGGAAAUGGACAGCAUGCCACUAUGUUUUUCUUUUUUGGUAUCACCGCCGUAAUAGACUUACUUUUAUUUUACGAAGUGCCAUUGCCUAAGGAUUUAGACUAUGUUUCAAAUAUCAUUGCCAUAGGAAUUGAAGGACUUUUGUUCAAAUUUCAUCUCCAUGGGCGAUCGCACUUAGAUGUACUGCUGCAUACACUACUUAUUUACACCAUUGCCUUGAAUACAGUAGGAAUAAUCUUAGAAAUGAAGUAUCGUAACAAUGUUCUGUGUGCUCUUUCCCGGUGCUAUGGGUUUUUACUCCAAGGAACAUGGUUCUGGCAAGUUGGAUUCAUCCUCUACAACCCAAAUCCUAACCAUAUUCCCUGGAAACCGGAUGACCACGAUGAUUUAAUGAUUGCAACUAUGUUCUAUGCCUGGCAUGUUGCUGCAGAUUUCCUUCUAAUUCUGUGCAUUGGUGGGGUGAUAGCCUUUAUUCAUCGUCGAUGUGGAGGAUACGGUGAAAAAGAUGAAUUUGCCAUGAAAAGACUGAUCCAUACAGGAUCCAAUGGCCAAACCUUGAUCUCAAUGCAUGAGGAUAGUGACAGUGAUAUUGAAAUCCGUAAACCUGUGUCCAAAUAAUCCAGGUCUGUUAUCCAGGUAAUCCAGGCCAUUGUAUGCAAAUGAUUGAUGCUCUACUCCUUUCAGCCAUAAAAUUUUGGACAGAUGUAAAAGUUAGAACACAUCAAUUAAGUAAUGCCUAUGGUAUUUAACCUACAGUGUAUUUUCAUAUCCAUAUACAUGCAUGUAUUCAUUGGUAUUAUGCGUAUUAUGCUGUAAUAACCUUAUAGUUUCAUUUCAUGUUUUCAUUGACUUUGCUCCAAGUUUCAUAGAUCAGCAUUGUUGCUUGCAUAGUGUAUUGAUUUAUUAUGCCUUAAAUGUGCAACAUUAUAUCUCUAGAAAUCCUAUUUUCCAGAAUUUUCUAUUUUGGAAUGAUGUAAGGACCUAUUUUCUGACCAACAAUGUCAAGCUUUAUAAUGUCAUAAAACAUGGCAAAAUUGACAAAUAAUUUGCAGUUUUUUGCCCCCUUAAGACACAAGCUCUAUAAAAAUAAAUUUCUUUUCACUUUGGGUACAAAGAUAUUUUCACAAAACCAAAGAUAUUUUUAUGCAUUUGAUCCAUGGAUGCUUUUGAAAUUAACUAACCAAAGUCUACAUUAAUAUC